GGAAAUUCCUCUUUACCACACGCAAUGCAUCUAAAAAUAAGAAAUUGCCUAUAGAUUUGUAUUAAAUAUCCACUACAAAAGAAUUCAGGGUACUUGCACAUAAUUGGCCUGACAAGUAUUGAUCGAGUUUGGCAUGAACCAUAACAUAUUUUAUCGCAUGGAUCCAUAUCAAAUAGCUCGUGACAAAACGGCACUAAAUGGAAUUUGGCACGAUUUUCGGUAUCUGUGCCAAAUCCGUGCAAAAAACCCUAUGAAUUUUGGAAUAUCCGUGCUAAAUCUGUUCCAAUUUCAUGAUUGUUUUCUGCAGUGAUCUAUGAUACACAAUAUAUGUACACCACAUAUGGUUUUACAUUCACCAAGACCUCAUUUAGCAUUGAGUUAUCCUUAAAUCGAUCUCCUCUUUUACAACCGUUAAAACACUCCAACACUCUAAUCAUAUGUAUCCAGAAUUAUCUAAGCAUAUAUCAAGUUAAGAUUUGUAAUCAAGUUUUUCCUUCAGACUUAUUUCGCUCUUCAUUUUUGCAGGCACACGAGUCUUAGACAAUCAUUGGUGUUUGGUUGUUCUUAUUGUGACCAACAUGUAUGGAUCGUGAGAGGAAGGUACUACUACAUGAGUAUUUGACGUUUUGUUUUCUCAAAAGAUGGCUUGUCAAUUCAAAAUGGAAAAUUGCAAAUUACCUAGUGAUCUAUUGAUUGACAUUUUGGCAAGACUGCCUGUAAAGUCUCUGAUGCGGUUUAAGUCUGUUUGUAAAUCUUUCUAUAAAUUGAUAAAGAGUGAUCUUCAGUUCAUGCACAAACACUAUGAUAUUAGCAAAACAAAACCAGGAUAUGCUGUUAUAGAGUCAGAAAAUGAUCAAAGUAAAGUUGUAAACUUGCUUUACAAAGAAUCAAAGUUUUAUGCGGUGGGAUGUCGAAACCUAGACAUACCACUUUCCAAUUUGAAAAUAUGGCAUGUCAAGUGUUUGUAUGGUGUGUUAUGUCUGAUUGUCGGCAGAGAGGAUCUAUUUUACCUUCGAUUCGGGAAGGAGAUGAUUUAUGACAUUUUGAUAUGGAACCCAUCAACCAAGGAAAUCAAAUCUUUACCCGCACUUGAGGUUUCCUUCCAACAUCCCGACGAUCAAAGAAACGAACAACCUGUCAGGUUAACAGUGAAUGAUGGAUUCGGUUUUGGGAUUUGUAAGAACAUGAUUUGGAAGAUUGUUGGUCUCUGGAAUUUUGAAAAUAUCGUAAUGGUUGGUAAUCAAGUUGGUGAUUCAUGGUGUUGGAGAAAAAUUGAUGUAACAAAUCUUACUUCUAAUGAAUUGUAUAUCAUUGAAGAUUUUUAUUUAAAAGGAAGAUAUUAUUGGCGGGUUAUGGAACUCUCCCCAAUUCCGUCUCCUGAUGAUUGUGAGCAGCUUCUUUGGUUUGACAUGGAUGAUGAGUUUUUUGGGACAGUUGAGUUACCAUCUCAUAUCGGAUCUGGUUUGUUUACAACUAUGGACGAGACUGUUGCUUUUCUUGGUUUUCCAACUAUGGCAAACAAUUAUCAGAUCAAGAUUUGGUUGAUGCUUGAAGAUGAAUAUCACCAUGUUAAUUGGCAUAAAUACACAACUAUAGACUCUCAUCAUUAUCCAGAUGAAAGACCAAUAGGAAUUUGGAAUCACCAUUUGCUCCUAUUUCCUCCAAUUCCAAAAACUGGCUCCUUUAUAUUUUAUACAGAUUUUGUACCAUCUUUGAUUUUUUCCGAUUUGGAAACUAGGGAAAGGAAGAUUUUGUAUGUCACAGAAGAAAGGAAAAAAAUUGACAUUGCAUAUAACUCAAGUGGUUGCGUUCGUGUAUACUUUGAGGGGAACGUUCAGAUUGCUCGAGAGUUCACAGAGUUUCAUCUAGUGGGGGCGUUUGUUCGAGCUUAUCAUGAGAGCCUAUAUUUUUUGUGAAAAGGAUAUGACA